GUACUUCGUACUUCGUAGGGAUAAACAAAAGUGUAAUGCGAACACAACUCCAAUCCCAAAGAGCUGCCCAAUCCAGCUAGUUUUACUACACGUACAAGGAUUAAAAAUAAAAGACAAAGAAAAGAGUAAAGUGUUCUUUUAAAGAGGAUUGCGAUAUCAACAAAGGCAAGCAGUAACAAUAACUGUAGUCGUGAGAUACGAGGAGGAGGAGGAGAAGAAUCGAAAAGAAUGGCAGACUUAAGCAAAACCCCAGAAGAAGGGGAGAGAAUUGUGACUCCCAGCAGACGACCUGACGGUACCCUUAGAAAACCCAUUCGGAUUCGGGCUGGUUAUACCCCCCAAGACGAAGUCGCCGUCUACCAAUCCAAAGGGGCCCUGUGGAGAAAGGAAACGCAGACUCAGGAAGUUCCCCCGGGUUAUGAUCCUGCUGCUCCUACAAAGCCAAAAACUAAGUCUGUUAAAAGGAAUGAAAGAAAGAAGGAUAAGCGGCUUCAGCAGGCUGCACUUGAAAAGGGCCAAAACUCUGAAGCCAUGGAAGAUGGGAACAUGGAAAAGGGAGCGCUACCUGCUGAAGAUUUAGGCUGUGCAUCUGAAUCUUUUGAAUCAUUGGCAUCUCAGAUGAAUGAGCUAGCUGUUUCUUCAAAUUCCUCUGUAGACCUGGCAGAUUCUUCAAAUAUGGAAUCUCAGCUUCAAGAUACUGAUAAGAGAAUUCGGGCUCUUAAAAAGAAGAUUCGACUAGCAGAAGCUCAGCAGCAGAAAUCUAUGUCACAGGAAAUGAAGCCUGAGCAAAUGGAGAAGUUGACAAAAUUGGAAGGCUGGCGCCGAGAGCUGAAGCUUUUGGAGGGUAAAAAUGCUGAAGAGGCAUCGUCAUGAAUGCUGUUUUGUUAGUGUGAGAAAACUGUGUAGUUUUCCAUUUGCUUUUUUACUUGGAGUGAGGAACAAGAUUAACCAAUCCAGAAUUUUUCAACCAUGGCUCUUCAAUCUGCUAGAACCAUUUUGGUUUAGAAAUCAUUAUUUCUUCUUCGUUGACGAGGGAUCUUUGUACCAGAUAUACGCAAACUGCCCCAACUAUGUCUCAGUUAAUUUCGGAUUGAUGUCUGUGUUCAUGGUGCAAGUGUGCAUGUUUACAUUAUACGUUCAAGGGAAUAAGUUUUUGAUGUU